AUGCCUGAAAAACAACAGUUUGAAAACCCCCUCUGCACAUUUAUCUGCUCUGCAUGUGCUGGAAGCAUCAAGCACAAGGCACCUUUGCAGGGUGUGCCCCCCUUGCAGGCGUUCCUGGACUGUGAAAGAGUGAAAGCUGCUGGAAUUCAGAAGUUGCCCUUCUUUUUCCAGAAGAUAGUGAUUUCCAGGAAGGUGCUGGUGGCAUCUCUUGUCUACCUGGCUGCUGUUGCUGCAGUUAGCUGGGCUCUGGCUGGGAGUGGAAAAGUGCAUUACCUGCCCUACUACCUUCCCUGCCCUGAAACCUUCUCCACAAAACUCCACUAUACAGAAGAGAAGCCAAUCCAGCUUUUCCCCCAAUUAUUUUAUCUGCAGCCAAGAGCGCUGGCGCCAAAGCACCAGGAUGUGCUGACAGUCACACCAUGGCUGGCCCCCAUAGUUUGGGAAGGGACGUUUGAUGCUGAGAUUCUGGACGAUGCUGAUGCCUGCAGACCCCUGAACCUCACCAUGGGGGUGGCAGCCUUUGCUGUGGGAAAGCAGGGGCAGCACUCAGUGUGCACUCAGUCCUUGGGGCAGUGCCCUUCCUCUGUGGGAAGAUGAUUGUCCA